AUGUUGCUUCCUAUGUUUGUGACUCUUUUGGUCACAAUGACUUUGCAGCCACAGCCUUCGGUGGUGGCUUUGGACGUCCAUCUCCUCCGACAGCUAGCCGCAAAACACAAUGUGACAACCAUUAUUGUAUUUGGGGAUUCUAGUGUCGAUUCGGGAAACAACAAUUUCCUUAAUACCGAUAUGAAAGGAAAUUUUCCACCUUAUGGUGGGAGUUUCAUAAACCAUAGGUCCACCGGAAGGUUAUGCGAUGGAUUGCUCGCACCCGAUUUCAUCGCGGAGGCCAUGGGACACCCGCCUGUACCGGCUUUUCUUGAUCCAACCCUAACCCAAACCGACCUACCUCACGGUGCAAGUUUUGCCUCGGCUGGUUCUGGUUAUGACGAUCUCACAGCUAACAUAUCCAACGUGUGGAGUUUCUCGACGCAAGUCAACUACUUUCUGCAUUACAAGAUUCACCUCAAUAAAUUGGUUGGUCCAUUAGAGGGCUCAAAAAUGAUAAACAAUGCGAUAUUUCUUCUAAGUAUGGGUUCAAAUGACUUUCUUCAAAAUUACUUAAUCGAUUUAACUCGACAAAAGCAAUUCACAGUUGAACAAUACAUCGACUUUCUCUCCUCCCGUAUGCUUAACGACGCCAAGAUGUUACAUAGGCUUGGAGCUAGAAGGUUGGUGGUGGUAGGAGUUCCUCCCAUGGGAUGCAUGCCCCUAAUGAAAUACCUAAAAGGCCAAGAUACUUGCGUCGAUCAGUUAAACCAGAUCGCUUUCUCCUUCAACUCCAAAAUCGUCAAGAAUCUCAAACUUCUACAGUCUGAAAUCGGCAUGAAAACUAUCUAUGUCGAUGCUUAUUCUACGAUCCAAGAAGCCAUUAAAACCCCAAGAAAGUUUGGUUUCAUUGAGGCAUCGAAAGGAUGUUGUGGAACGGGUACUUACGAAUAUGGAGAGACAUGCAAAGAUAUGGAAGUAUGCAAAGAUCCUACCAAAUACGUUUUUUGGGAUGCAGUCCAUCCAACACAAAGAAUGUAUCAAAUCAUUGUUAAGAAGGCCAUUGCAUCUAUUAGUGAAGAUUUUCUUGCUUAG